AUGGGUUUCUGCGACGGUGAGAACAAUGGACUCGGGGAAGCGAUGUCUUUCCCGGGUUCGUUGAAAGAAGAGAAUCUGUUGAACGUUCCCAAGCCACUGCCGAAGCAGCUGUGGGAGACCAAGGAGGUCCAGUCGCUGUCCGGGCGCCCUCGAUCCUGUGAUGUCGGCGGCGGCGGCGCUUUUCCACACAACAGUCCCAACAUGGGCCUGUCCCCCUUCCUGGGGACCCUGAACACCGGGGGGUCCCUGCCGGACCUAACCAACCUCCACUACUCGGCGCCGCUGCCCGCCUCCCUGGACACCGGCAACCCCCUCUUCGGCGGCAUGAGCAUGGGGAACAGCGUGGGCAACCUUCCUGCUGCUAUGACUCACCUGGGCAUCAGAAGCUCUUCUGGUCUCCAGAGCUCCCGGAGCAACCCCUCCAUCCAGGCCACGCUCAACAAGACGGCGCUCUCCUCCUCCCUGAACUGCCCCCCGCAGACACCGCCCAGCGCCUCUGCCCUGCACCCGUCGCUGCGCCUCUUUUCCCUCAGCAACCCGUCCCUCCCCACCACCACCCUGAGCGGCCCGUCCCGGCGCAGGCAGCCGCCCGUCAGCCCGCUCACGCUCUCUCCUGGCCCCGAGGCACAUCAAGGGUUCAGCAGGCAGCUCUCCUCCACCAGCCCCAUGAACCCCUACCCCGCCUCGCAGAUGGUGUCCUCUGACGGGAGCCCGCUCUCCUUCCUGCCCACAGAGGCUCAAGCUCAAGUGUCCCCGCCUCCCCCGUACCCCAGGCCCCAGGAGCUCCCCCAGCCUCUCCUGCAGCAGCCCCACGCCCAGGAGCCCCCUGCUCAGCAGCCUCAGGCGGCCCCGUCCCUGCCACAGCCAGACUUCCAGCUCCUCACGGCCCAGGGCUCGUCUCUGACCAGCUUCUUCCCGGAUGUGAGCUUUGACCAGCAGCAGGCCAUGCGGCCCGGCCCCGCUUUCACCCAGCAGGUCCCCCUGGUGCAGCACGGCCCCCAGGAGCCGCAGGAUGCGUUUCAUUUGAGACCAAACGUGUAUUCCAACUGCGGGAAUUUCCCCAACACCCUCCUGACAGAAGACGCAAGCUCUGGCCUGUUCCGAGACCUGGGCGGCGAGCUGGAGGGCAUGCCCGAGGUCAGUCUGAACAUGGACACCGCCUUCCCGCUGGAAGAAGAGCUUCAGAUCGAGCCCCUGAGCCUGGACGGACUCAACAUGCUCAGUGACUCCAGCAUGGGCCUGCUCGACCCCUCCGUUGAAGAGACGUUCCGAGCCGACCGACUGUGA